AGUGACCCCGGCAGACCAGCCGCUGCCUCGGGGCCCCACUCACGUCCCCCGCGCCGCCGCCGCCGCGCUCCACGCCUUUAAAGUCGAACCCGGGUUUGGACCUGAUGCUUUGCUCAUCCCCACAUUCAGCCUCUCCGUAAGCCCAGAGAAGUGGAAUCUGCACACUGAAACUCUCGGUGGCUGGAGCGGGCGGACUGGGCAUGCUCAGAAGCCAGGGCUGGCUUUGGUCUCAAGUAGGAAGCUUUUGCACUCGGAGGCAGCGGCGACUUUGGGGAAAGUUGAUCGGAGAGGGGAGGAAGCCCCAAGACGCGGAGCAGCGGCAGGAAGGAGCCCCCGGCAGCCCGGAGGAGCAUGGGCACCCUGCGGGAUUUACAGUAUGCGCUCCAGGAGAAGAUCGAGGAGCUGAGGCAGCGGGAUGCUCUCAUCGAUGAGCUGGAGCUGGAGUUGGAUCAGAAGGAUGAACUGAUCCAGAAACUGCAGAACGAGCUGGACAAGUACCGCUCGGUGAUCCGGCCGGCCACCCAGCAGGCGCAGAAGCAGAGCGCAAGCACCUUGCAGGGCGAGCCGCGCACCAAGCGGCAGGCGAUCUCUGCGGAGCCCACCGCCUUCGACAUCCAGGAUCUCAGCCAUGUGACCCUGCCCUUCUACCCCAAGAGCCCACAGUCCAAGGAUCUUAUAAAGGAAGCUAUCCUUGACAAUGACUUCAUGAAGAACUUGGAGCUGUCACAGAUCCAGGAGAUUGUGGAUUGUAUGUACCCGGUGGAAUAUGGCAAAGACAGUUGUAUCAUCAAAGAAGGAGAUGUGGGGUCACUGGUGUAUGUCAUGGAAGGUAUGGUUCGUAACUCUGAUCCUCUGAUAUUCAAACAUUUCCUUUCCAUCAUAUCAGCCUGCACACAGAUGGCAAUGCAGGGCUGUUGUUUGGUAAUUCUGACAUUUUACGAAGAUAUUCUGGUGGCAAACAAGGUGGAGAACAAAUUAGAAGGAAAGACUGGAGGCAGAGAAAGUUACAGUGUAUUGCAACAGCCCACUUGA